CCGCCCCUCUCAGAGAGACUGCAGGAAGUUUCAGUCAGUGCAAAUCAAUCGUGGUUACGGCUUCAUCAUGUGCUCUGUGAUUACCUAAAAUGAUAUCAAUAAUGGCCAGAAACUUUUGUGAUCAAUUUCCUCGUUCUGGUCGGGAUAAUUCAGCGCAUUUGAGGGAUUUAUUAAAUGGACUAUAACGGACGGUUGCACUACAAUUCAUCGUUUCCCUCCGUCCCCUGUCAAAGAAAUGGCAAACGUGAAAGUCGCGAUUCGGGUUCGCCCGUUAAACUCCAGGGAGACUCUAGAUGGAGGACGGUUAGCUGUACAGGUGGAGGACAAAGUGGUAAGAGUCCGAAAUAUGAAGCUCGAGGGGCGUUUGGACGGGCGAGUGGAGGGUCUGGCUGACUCCAGGGAGAGGCUGAUGGAGUUUGGCUUUGAUUACUGUUACUGGUCCGUGGAUCCAUCAGCCCCUAACUUCGCAUCGCAAGAAGAGGUGUUCCAGGACCUGGGCGUCUGUGUCCUGUCUGGGGCAUCAGAGGGGUACAACGUUUGUCUAUUUGCUUAUGGACAGACGGGCUCAGGGAAAACAUACACCAUGAUGGGCACUCCAGAUUCCAUUGGGCUGACUCCAAGAAUAUGUCAAGGACUUUUCAGGUUUGCAGAUGACACUGCAGAUGAACAGAGCUGUAGAGUUGAAAUAAGUUUUUUAGAGAUCUAUAAUGAGCGUGUACGCGAUUUGCUGAGAGGUGUGGAGCAAAAAAAGCCAGCGCCCCUGAGGGUUCGAGAACACCCAGAGAAAGGACCAUAUGUACAGGGUCUCUCUCAGCAUACAGUGACCAACUACAAACAAGCUGUGGAACUGCUGGAGGAGGGCAUUGCAAACCGCAUCACAGCCGCUACGCACAAUCAUGACGCUAGCAGUCGAUCUCACGCCAUCUUUACUAUUCAAUAUACGCAGGCUAUUUUCGAAAAUAACCUACCUUCAGAAAUAGUAAGCAAGAUCAAUUUGGUGGACCUGGCUGGGAGUGAGCGAGCAGACCCUCACUACUGCAGAGACAGGAUAACCGAAGGAGCCAACAUCAACAAAUCUCUCGUCACUCUUGGCAUCGUCAUCUCCGCUCUUGCUCAAAACUCUCAGAUGUUCAGUAGCAGUCAGAGCAUUAACAGUGUGAUCAGUGAAGGUGAAGGGAGCACCAUAGGUAGCCAGUCCAGCUCUCUGUCGGGUAGCGGACGCAGACAUUGCUUCAUCCCAUACAGAGACUCCGUCCUCACCUGGCUACUCAAAGACAGCCUGGGUGGCAACUCUAAGACCAUCAUGAUUGCAACUGUUUCACCAUCCAGCAGCAGCUACAGCGAGACUCUAAGCACCCUACGCUAUGCAGCCCACGCCAGGAACAUUGUCAAUAAGCCAAGAGUCAAUGAGGAUGCCAAUGUGAGGUUAAUCAGAGAGCUGCGAGAAGAAAUCGAUCGUCUGAAGAGCAUGUUGCUCAGCUUUGAAAUGCAAGGAAAUCUGAGUCCAUCACUCAGUGAUGAGAGGGAAGGAAGCCUAUCUGAUAUAGUCCUACAGAAUGAACUCAAGGUGGAGCAGCUGACUAAAGACUGGUCUAACAGUUGGUAUGAUAAGCGGGCACUGCUGGAGCACUACAGUGUGGACAUUAACCAGGAGAAAGCCGGAGUCCUUAUCCAAUCUCUCCUGCCCCACCUUAUUGCUCUGGAGCCAGAUGUCCUCAGCACAGGAGUCACCUUUUACCAUCUUCGGGAAGGAGUAACAAGAAUUGGACCUCAGGAUGAGAAUCUGGAAGACCCACACAUAGUCUUACCAGAAGGAUGCAGAUGUGAGAUUGAGAAUCACAGUGGGGUGGUGACUCUGAAGCCGGUUGCAGGAAAUAUCUGCAUGGUUAGCGAGAGAGAAGUCACUGAGCCCUUCAGACUUGCACAAGGUGCAGUGAUAACUUUAGGAAGGAUUCAUAAGUUCAGGUUCAAUCACCCAGCAGAAGCCGCUGUUCUAAGAGAGAGAAGACGGAAUAGUGAAGGUGGUCUGAUUUCUACAGAGUCUGACUCCAGGGUUGCAGGUUGUAAUGCGAAUGGCAAUGGGGCAGACCCCAGACAGCGACUAGAGGAGCAGCAGUGGUACAUACAGUGUCUACGAGAAGCGAUUCGACUGGAACAGAAAAAAGCAGAAAGAGAUCUGGAAAGAGAGCAGGCCCGUCUCCAACAGCAACACACUGACAUCCAGAAGUGGAUCGUACAAGAAAAGCAACGACUUGCAGUCCAAAGGGAGAAGGGAACACUGGAGUCAGGGGUUCAGACAGAUCUCAGUCUUCUUGCUCUGGUCACUGGUUCGUCGGAUGUUGAGGAAAGCAGAGCUGAAACAGUAUCACCAUUAUUCUUGAUGGGUGAAAGGAAAAGGGUGGUGCAGGAGGAACUACUGAAACACCACACUUUGCGCAGAGCUGAGAACCGGGUGCGACGCAAAAGGUUACAUUAUCAGCUGGAGAAGAUUGCAAGAAAGCGCCAUCUACUAGAGGCAAAGCGAGAACUGCAGAGACUAGAAAAUGAACUUCUUAAAGGGGGAGAUGAAGCAUUAUCUCCAGAACUGGGGUACCCCUCUAGAUCCAGGGGACGCCCAAUGACUUUGCGAAGACAUUCCUUCUCUGCUGACCUGCUGUCCAGGCUGUACCCUCAGCAUAAUCCAAUUUUCAGCCAGUUUCUUAAAAGAAAUACAUCAUCAGCAUCUCUCUCUGGUUUUACUUGCACCACUAAAUCAGUCUUUGAUGAAUGUCUUCAAGAUCAAAAGAUUAGAAGGCGUUCAAACACGAUGCCCUCAAGAUACCAAAGAUCCUCAAGUUGGCAAAGUUCUUCAGAAAGCCUCAAAAGUUCCCUCAAAGAAGCGAGAUCAGCUGAAAUGACUGAAACCAAAGCUGCUUUAUCAAGGUUGUUAGUCAAGAAAAAUGCAAGUGACCAAGACAAGCUUUGUUUGGAUCCAACCUCGAAAGCCACUAGAAAAGUAUUACCAAUAAUAAAGCAAUUAACCGCACAGAAAGGUUCGGUCAAGGGAACAAAGAGUUUAUCUCAAGAUAGGAGUAAAGGUUUAGAGACCAUUCGCAAAGUUUUUUCACGCUCUGUUGGCCCUGGUAUCAAGACUGCCUUGGCGAAGGUUUUCCGCAAGCCGCCAUCAGGGUCACAUGGAAGCAGAAGUGUGAAAUCUUUGAACAAGACAAUCGGUCAGUCAGACAAAACCAAAACUGCAAAAGGGGAAAAAUGCUCUAUCAAAUCGACAAAGUCCUAUGAAUGCUUGGAGCAGCUUAGCUCACUAAAAUAUCUGCAACAGAGGCACUGGCAUAGCACAGAAACUCUGACAAAUACCACCAACAAAUUGGUCGAAGUACGAAAAGAACCAGUUGGGUGGGUUGGCGAGGAUGAUCGCAAUGGAUCUUCAGACUGUGAUAGUAUUUAUUCAUUGGAUUCUCUCUCCUCGGCUUAUGCUACAGCUCUGGCUAAGCAGCUUAAGCAGGAGGAAUGUGAUUUCAGUGAAGCUGAAAGUGACAACAGUCAGAUGUCUCAGGACUCUCUUGUAAUGGAGAGCAGUGCGAAGGAUUUUACUGCCAGACCAGUGCCACAUGCUUAAUAAAG